UACGUCGGGCAUUGUUUUUCGGUAAACUUCAGGCUUCACCUUGCCCCUACGCGUGUGUAUCCAUACAAUAAGUACAAUACAAAUGUAUAUGGCACAUAUACGUGGCAUGUACAAUGCACACACGUACAUACACAGCAUGACGCCGGCAAUGUAGCGCCAGAUUCCAUUCGUCCCUCUAACCUUUUGCCCGAGAUGUUACAGCUGAGAGAUAUGUGUUCGACAAUUCGUCGCUUUUUAUAAUCGGUUCAAUAUGCUCCAACUUGAGGUUUCCUUCGUUUAGCGUUUUAUUCGUUACCGCACCGUAGCAGAAAGAUAACGGGAUAUCUGAAAUUAAGGUAUAAAUUGUGCCAUCUAAGCUCUUUAUCAGUGCGGUAUAUAAACGGGGAUCUCGUGUCGUAGACUUUGAAUUUAGCUGCCGUAUCUCGUACGCGGAUAUUGAGAGGUGACGCAGAAGAGUCAGAAUGGCACUGGGACAAGUGAAGGAACUGGUGAACCUGUACAAGUCGUUAGCCGCGCAUCCGUCCUUAAGCAGCGCGCAGAUCGUAGGUAGCAAGAGCGACCGGUUCUACGUACAGGCCUCGUGGACGCAGAGGAAUCUGGAGAGGAAGACGGAUCAGCGCUUCCUACAGAUUUAUGGUUUAAAUACGCUUCCAGCUUCUCAAGUUUUUCCGGGAUUUGCAGUUGAUAUCACCACAGAGUUGCUGUCCGCCAUUUCAAAGGACGAACUGCGUAAGGCUGUGCUACGGCAAGCCACGAUUGAUAACACCACAAAGCAGUUCAUAGAAAUAUGGGAUCAGCAGCAUCUCAUGAAGAAUUACGAUCUGUCGGCUCUGGACGUCCACGGCGACGUUUACACGGACGCUGAGUUUCGUUCGUUCGAAUGGUCUCCGGAUAACACGAAGCUUCUGUAUGUAGCAGAGAAGAAACUCCCCAAGUCGGAGCCGUUUUACAAGCAAAAAUCAUUGGAUAAGAAAGACAAGGAGAAGAAGGAGGAUGACGAAGCAGCAAUGGGCAAUGAGUAUAUCCACAAACCACAUUGGGGAGAGCAAUUAGUAGGUAAACACCGGCCUGUUGUCGCUGUCCUCGAUACGGUGACAGACACCAUUACAGUUUUAUCUGGAAUACCAGAUGAUCUCUCUCCCGGUCAAGUGAUUUGGACGAAAGAUCAGGAUGUAAUCGGUGUUGCUUGGAUGCACGAGCCACUAUACUUGGGCCUUACUGCGUGCACCAAUAGAUAUUCUUGGAUAUUUUCAUUGAAAAAUGGAGAAUAUCGGAAAUUGUCCGAUGAAGGAUGUGCUGUGCACAGUCCUAGGAUCAGCCCGGAUGGAAAUUAUCUCGUGUGGCUGCAGAGGGAGGCAGGUCCCGUUCCGCAUCACAAUGUGCACAAGCUUGUGUUGCGGGACUUGAGAGUGGAGGAAGAUAAUAUCGAGCUUGUGGAAGCAGUGCGAACGAGUAAACUAAUUAAUCGUAACAAAGAGUUUUACGGGAUAUAUGGUCGUCUACCUCGUCGUUGUUGGAGUCGUUGUUCUCAAUACUUAUUUUUCAGUACCCCUCAGAAGAACAAUAUCGUCUCGUAUAUCUUGAAUAUAAAAACGAAAGAUAUUACUGAGAUAAAUAACGACACCAGCAGUCUUUCUGUACUGGACGUAAAAGAGGAUGUAAUUGCUUUUUUGAACACUUCUUUGACGCAACCUUCUAGCCUCGUGGUAGGCGAGUUUCAGAUUAAAGCGACAAGCGAUGGCAAUAUCCCCAGGCUUUCGGUUAAACCUCCAAUGGAAAUCGAUGGUUUCAAAGAAAUUAUCUAUGAACCCAAUGAAUAUAAUUACGAUAACGACGACGACAUAAAGCAAUUCAACUAUAUGUAUUUCGGUCCAAAAAGUGGCAAAAAUCAAUCGAUACCUUUUAUAGUUGUACCACAUGGAGGACCUCAUAGCGCUUUUGCAAAUACAUUUUCUCUCGAGUCUUCCUUCUUGGUAUCAGCAGGUUUCGCGAUAGUGCAAGUGAACUAUCGUGGUUCUACGGGAAUGGGCAGCGCGACAGUGGAGUAUCUUCAAGGGAAAGUUGGGGACGCGGAUGUGAAGGAUUGCAUAACUGCUACUCAGGAAGCGCUGAAAAAAUAUCCUUGGCUCGAUUCUAAACGCAUAGGUCUUUGCGGCGGUUCUCACGGUGGAUUCCUGGUGGCACAUUUAAGCGGGCAAGCUCCAGAUCUGUUUAAAGCAGUAAUUGCAAAAAACCCGGUGAUCGACAUCUCUACCAUGUUCGGUAUAUCCGACAUUCCAGACUGUCGCAAUGUUCUGACUAAGGAAGAGCAAAUAGCGUAUCUUCAUAAUGUGUGCGCCGUGGAGGCAGGUGUUCCUUGCAACAUCGUUACCGGUUCUUGGCCCGAAGACACAGACAUGUUCGUGAAAAUGAGGAAAUGCUCGCCCAUCACGCUUGUCGAUAAAGUCAAGGCACCGACCUUGAUUCACAUUGGAACGAAGGAUUUGCGAGUGCCGUGCUCUCAAGGAACAAUGUGGUACAACCGGCUCAAGAGUAACAAAGUGAAAACCAAGAUGCACGUGUACGAUGACAACCAUCAGUUGUCAACUGGGCCAGCUGAGAUUGAUCAUAUCAUCAACGAUUGCCUAUGGCUCUUGGAGCAUUUGUCUAAAGAAUCCGGAGGGAAAAAAUAAACUGCAGCAUUUCAUUACAUGUGUUCAUAUAUAUAUACAUAAAGUUUUAUUAUCACAAAUUGAAUAUUUACAUGAUUUAUUACAUACAUUUUGUAAAGAAACUUACGUAAUAUUUCAUCUCCAAAAAUAUACGCACACGUCUAGUAUU